GCCAAAUGAGAGUGGCGUUAAGAAGUGAUAGCGCAAAAGAUUUAAUUAUUCUGUGAAUAAGUUACAACAAAAUGAGUUAUGGAGAGCAUGUGGUUGGCGAUGUUGAUGAUGAGAUGCCAGGAAGAGGAAAAUGAAUGUUACCUCAAAAGAAAGGAAAAUAGAAAUAAGAUAUGCAGAUUUGGACCCAGAUUUGUGAAUUUUGAAUUAAACUGUGUUCACAUGUCCAAAAAAUGUCAAUGCAGGGAGCUUUCGCUGUCCGAUAUAGAAUUAAUUAAACAAAAGUUCUACGAUAACGGAAAAAAGGACAAAAGUUCACAAGACAACAAAUUAUCGCAAAUGAUGGAUAUAAUGUAA